CCGUCCCCUCUCUCGCUUGUUUUGGAGGAAGCGGACACGGCUCGGCUAGCAGCUAGCACGUUAGCUUGACAGGAAAAGCGAGCGUCAACGGGAACGGGACGAAACUGACCAUUGUACUAAAUCGUUUAUUUAUCAGGACAGGAGGAAUAUAUUUGCAGUGGCAGUGUUUAUUUUGAUAAGCAGAGUUAGCUGCGGAGCUACCUGUGAGCUGUCGACGCGCUGAACGUGUUGUUUUCUUGCGACAUUUACAGGUUAGCCUGUUAGCUAGUCUGCGCGUUAGCUAACGCUUCCAAACCGAGGCAGAGGAAAAGUCAACUUUUGAUAUUUCUCCCCUCAGGAUCAUCGCCCAGCUGUGGCACAAUGACGUCAAGGAAGAAAGUACUACUCAAAGUCAUCAUUCUGGGAGACUCUGGAGUUGGAAAGACCUCAUUGAUGAACCAGUAUGUGAAUAAGAAGUUCAGUAACCAGUACAAAGCCACAAUAGGUGCUGAUUUUCUGACAAAAGAAGUCAUGGUGGAUGACAGACUUGUCACAAUGCAGAUUUGGGACACAGCAGGUCAGGAGAGAUUCCAGUCCUUAGGCGUUGCGUUCUACCGUGGAGCAGACUGCUGCGUCUUGGUGUUUGAUGUGACAGCACCCAACACUUUCAAGACUCUAGACAGCUGGAGGGACGAGUUCUUGAUCCAGGCCAGCCCACGAGACCCAGAGAACUUCCCUUUUGUGGUGCUGGGCAACAAGAUUGACUUGGAGAACAGGCAGGUAACAACCAAGCGAGCACAGGCUUGGUGUCAGAGCAAGAACAACAUCCCAUAUUUUGAAACCAGCGCCAAGGAGGCUAUCAAUGUGGAGCAGGCCUUCCAGACUAUUGCACGCAAUGCCCUCAAACAGGAGACUGAGGUGGAGUUGUACAACGAGUUCCCUGAGCCGAUUAAGUUGGACAGGAACGAGCGAGCCAAGCCGUCAGCGGAGACCUGCAGCUGCUGAGGACUAUGAAGAUCUUCUGGGGUCAUCACUGCCCUCACUACCCUGUCUUGCCUUGUCUAUAAAUCCCCUUUUCCCAUGGCCCACUGUGUUUAAUCCCCAAUGCCCAACAUACAAGCAGCCUCCCACUCAUGAGAGUAUACUACUACACACACAAACAUGCUGCACUCACCUCCCUAUGUAUACAAAACACACAUUUUCUAUAAAAGAUGAGUCUCUUAGCCCAAAGAACACCUUCAAGGAAACAUUAAGGAAAUACUUGUACGAUGCUCACUACUUCCCAGUGUUUCUCCAUGUAAGCUUUCAUGGUGGUGGUGGUUUGGGCUAAUCUCAUUUUCAGUUCCAUGUGUAUCGCUGCUCCCAUAUCCAGUUUUGGUUCUAACUGCUUUUACUUGGAUACUUUAAGUGGUAAAUUGAAACAUUAUCUCUAUACAUGUAUGUGUUGAGUACAAUUUUAAAUAUUUUUUCUUUUUUUGUUUGAAUCAAAGUUUCUUAAGCAAUGGUGGUGGUUUUCUUACUUUCACAGCCCACCACUGCUGCAUGAAUAGAGGAAUUACUGCUCCGCCCAUUUUACUCAUUUGUGUUGUGGCUUAAAUUUGGUUUGGUUUCACUCUUACUUGUACAACCUAAAAAAAACUCUGAUGCCUGAGAAGGGAGUCAGAGCUGAAGUAGUGAAGGAUCAAAAUAAGUGAAGGUGCAUGCGUGGAUCGCAUUAAUUCGCUGCCUGCUGAUUCAUGUUGAUUGGCACCGAAUAGAAAAUCAAGAUCCAUGACAAGUCCAUCAGACCAAUGUGUAAUGAUCUCUUUUUUUUGAGCACCUGGCUGUAAAUGACAAUAACUAUAGACAUCUCAUUUUAGAGCCACAAUAAAUGCAGCUGUAGCUCAGGUUGGGGGCAUCGCUAGGAUCCAGACUCAGCUCCCUCAUGCUAGUGCUGUUCCUCUUUUUGGGAUACCAAGGUUUGUCUUGUAAUCAGUUUUUCUUGGUACCACAUAUGAAAUGGGAAGGAACCAAAUCAAGACAGCAUGUCAUUCUACCUGAUAGUCCUGGAGGGAGACAUUUUUCUCAAGUAUAAAUAUCAUUCAUAACUGCGUACUAUUAGCUAGUACAUUUCUUUUUACCGUCAACUAUUGCAAGACUUUGUAUAUUUGCAAACCCCUCAAUCAUUGUGUGGGAAAGCAAAAUGUUCUGUUGUAAAUCUCCAUAUCUGACUAUGCCAGUUGUUCGUGUUGGCAAACAAUUUAAGUGCUUGACAUUUCUUUUAACUGAUCAGAUCUUUAACUGUCUGUUCAUAUUAUGUUAAAACUUUGAAAUGCAUUAUAGAUUACAAGAUAGCAAACAUACUGUAACUUUGAAAAAAAGAAAAAAAUGUGUGGGGGGGAAGUAUUUGCAUUCAUCAUUAUUAUAAUAUUAAUAUGAUAAAUGCAUAGCAUCUACAUUGUUUCGAAAUGUCUUUGCGUUUCAAGUAAUGAGGGUAAUAAAAAUCUUGAAUAAAG